GCAUUUCCGGCAGCGCGAGGUUUCCUUCCUGUUCCUCCCAGGCUCCCAUCGAUCUGCACGCCCUCCCCACCGGCCGGUCGCGCGCCUCCGCCUACCCCCUGCCCGUCGCCGUCCGCCGCUCCCCGCCCCCCAAAACCCUACUACCCCUGCCGCCUCCGCCGCUCCCCGCCCCGUGCCAUGGCCACCAACGGCAGCUCCCCGAGGGUUCGGGACACGGAGAGCAGCCUGGAGAAGGUGAAGCGCCAGCUGUCGUCGGGGUCUGGGAGGUACCUGCUGCAGGGGCCCCUGCUCAAGCGAUCUGAGACGCUGCGGAAAUGGAAUGAACGAUGGGUCAUAUUGGACCCCACAUCUGGAAAGAUGGAAUACAAACUCCGGAGGAAUGAAACUGCCAUUAAGGGGGCUAUUCUGUUUGAUGCCUCAAGCACCAUUACUUUAUCUCCUGUGAACUUUCAAGGGAUGCCAAAGUAUGAUGGUUGCUGCUUCUACAUCGGAACUCCUCAAAAGAAGGAUUACUUUCUUUGCGCUGAAACUCCUAGUGCUGCGAAAGCUUGGGUAUCUACAUUAAAUGCAACUCAGUUAGUACUACGAGCUCAUAAAGAGGCAGUAAAUUCUUUGGCUGGGAAUGGCUCUCCAGCUACAUUAGGCACUGUUGCUACUGCAGUUGCUAAUGCUAAUGCAACAGCCAUGGAGGCUACCAAGGAGAUAGAAGCAGCAAUGAAGGUUUCGAUGAGGGCAGCUCUUGGGUUGGGUACAAAUAACUCCAAUGAGGGUCAACUAGAUGACCUAACAAUCAUGAAGGAGACUCUCCGAGUGAAAGAUGAGGAAUUGCAGCAUUUGGCUAAGGAUAUCCGUUCUCGUGAUGCUACGAUAAAGGAAAUAGCAGACAAAUUGACAGAAACUGCAGAGGCUGCGGAAGCUGCUGCUUCGGCAGCACAUACAAUGGAUGAACAGAGACGACUUCUAUGUGUGGAGAUUGAGCGCCUAAAACAAGCCUUGGAAAGGCAAAUAGAACAAUCAAUGCUUAAGCUAAGACAAUCCGAAGAGAAGGUUAUUAGCCUGAGCAAAGAGAAGGACCAGUUGAUGAAGGAAAGAGAUGCUGCAUUUCAAGAGGCUUAUAUGUGGCGCACCGAACUAGGAAAAGCUAGAGAGCAAGCAGUGAUUCAGGAAGCAACUAUUGCCCGAGCGGAGGAGAAGGCAAGGGCUUCUGAAGCAGAUGCUGCAGCUCGGAUAAAGGAGGCUGCUGAAAAACUGCAUGCUGUUGAGAAAGAAAAGGAAGAGCUUCUAGCUCUGGUUGGUGUUCUCCAAUCACAAGUCCAGAGAGAACAGAGCAGCACAAAGCAAGUAUGUGAAGAGAGGUCUGAAUCAUGCUCCGGUGCCGACAAUUCCCCUCCUUUAACAAAGCACGUUGAUGCAUCAGACGACAAUGUGGACAAAGCCUGUGUAAGCGACUCUAGAUCAGUCCUGCUUUCCAGCGACAGCACUGAGGUCCAACUGGCCGUGGAUGGGGUAGACAUCCGUCCUAUUGGCGAUGCAGAGUGGGGCACCUUCCAGCAGUCGGAGGCGCUGAUCGCUGAUGUGCGGGAGGUCUCCCCAGAGGCCGAAGGUGGCAGCUUGGAUAUUCCUGUGGUCAACCCCCCACCGGUCAGCGAUCAUAUCCAGGGAGGCACAACUCAUCCCUGAAGGCCGGGGUUGCUGCUGGCCUGCUGCCACCUUCUGAGAUUUGGUGUGACUGCUGAUAAUCUGAUAGGGAUUUGAAUCCUGGAGAGAAUUGCUGUUGCCGUUGUUUUGCAUCGAUGCGGGUUGUAUGUUCAUUGUAUUUAAGUAUAUGACUGAAUAAAAAAGAUAAGUAGUGUUUGGCUGUGGGAUUGUAAAUUAUUCACCUCGUCCCAUUUUCAUGCUCU